AUGUCUAAAUAGUAAAAUCUUCUGUAUAAUUUCAAUGAGAUGACUCCAGCCUAACAAACUAUGUUUCUGAAAGCCAGAACAGAGUUAGAAAAGGAGAAGGCUUGGGCUGAAAUUAGAAAAUAGAAGGAGGAGGAAGAAUACAAAAGAUCAAUACUCUUGUCAAAUCCCUAGACAUAAAAUCCUUAGACUUAAAAAGUGAAUCUAGAAAAGAUUUCUAGCGAUUCCGAGUCAUCUGACUCUUUAUAAUCCGAGAAUGAGUAUCAAAAAGAAGAGCCUCAAUUUGAGUAAAAGAUUGAAGAAAAGCCUGUAAUUGUUGAGCCCAAUAAUGAACAAUUAGAUACUUACUUUAAAUUGAUCCAAAAUGCACAACUCAAAAGAGAUCAAAUUUAUUACCUUUUGAUGAAGCAUUAUUGUGAUAAUAUCAUUGAAGGAUCUUUUGUUAAAAUUAAUGAGCCCAAUCUCAUCAGAAGAAAAGAAUAGAGUUAUGCAAUUGCUUAGGUUUUGGCUGUUGUUGAAGGCGAGAAAUCCUAUCAAUUAGAAUAGACUCAGACAUAUAAAUUGCUUAAAUUACAAUUUGGAGAAGUGAAGGACGCUAAAUUUAGACAUAUUACUCUUAUUUCAAAUCAAUAAAUUCAAAAACAAGAAUUUGUUGUAUGGCAAAAAAGAUGUGAAGAAAAUGGAAUUCAAAUUCCCAAUAAAGAAUAUCUACUAAGAAAGGAAAGGUAAUUGCCAUCAUUUUACUAUUAACUAGAGACAUAAUUAAAUCCACUUCCAAAUUAACAGAUGAUCAAAUCAAAGAAAGAAUCAACUACAAUUUAAAUAAAUGGAUCCAGAAUCCAAAGUCUAAUAUUCAUUUUAGAGAUUUGCCAGUUUACUAAAAUUUUAUCAAGAAUCUUAUUUCCACCAACAAAUCCAUCAUAGAAUAGGGAGAGGAAUUCAUUAGUGAUCUACAAGAUCCCGGAGAAGGUGAAACUGAAAAAAAGCAAUUAAAAUAAGAAGAAACAAGCAAAAUCUUAAGAUAUCAAAAGUAAAAUAAAGAAAAAGCAGAAGAAAAUGUGCAUUUAAACGAGUAGCUUAAAAAGAUAGAAUAACUUCUUAAAUAAUUUAAGGAGGCUCAAAAUUAGAAGGGUGAGCCAAUUAAAAAAUAACCUUAACCAGUUGAAUAAUAAUAAGUGAUAAAAUAGGUCAAAUAAAAUGCUAAAAUUUCUAUUAAUCAAGAAUACUAAAAAUAACUAGAUUCAAAAUACCUUAGACAAUAUCAAAAUAUAAAAACAAUAGAUGGCAGUGAAUAAUUUAAAGCUAAAAUCUUUAACAUGCAUAAUAGGGAUCUUCCAAUUGACAAUAUAAUAGACACGAUGAUGAUUUUGGAAUGA